AUGAGUGGUGGUUGUAUGGAUCUACGCAAACGUUGGUAUGAUCUUGUUGGCAAAUCUGAAAAAGAAGCAGUUGAAACAAUUAAACAAGAUGGUGAACAAAAUAUUGAAGUAGUCGAUGAUGGCACACCAGAAGCUGAAGCAACAAUCAAAAGUGGUUUUGUACGUGUCAUUUUAGAUGCAAAUAAAAAUGUUAAAUAUCCACCACUUCGACAAAAUUGA